AUGGAGUGGGCGCAUACAGGCUCAAAUCUGAAGUCGAAUGCCGAGGUCCAACGCCUCGUCGACGAGGUCCUCAUGGAUAAAGAAUUCGACAUCGAAGAACUGCGCGGCUUCAAGGUUGCACGUGAGACAGCAAGGUUGGAUGCGAUAGAUGUUGCCGAUGAAACAUUGCGGACGGUCGACGGAUGGCGCAGGGUGGCAAUUACUGUGCCAGUGCCGAAGGAGCGCGUCAAGUACUCUUCUGAGGCGGAUGCUCCGCACUUCGUCAUCGACAAUGUCUACAUCCGCUCCCUCGUCGACACUAUGAAGGAGGCUGCGAGCGAUCCUGAUGCCACGACGUACAACUGGAUCCCCUACGAGUACCUCUGGAACCGCCCUGUUGACAAUCCCUUGACUGAUGCGCAAGGGAGACCGCUUACGGAGAAGGUCCGGCUUUACAGCGAUGUUUGUGACUCUCAGGAGGCUCUUGACGAGGAUGCACGGAUCCGUGCAUGGGCUCGAGAGCACUGCAAUGACCCGCCCGACGUUGAAGUGGCCAUGGUACCCAUCAUGCUCUGGUCCGACUCGACUCACCUUGCCAGCUUCGGAUCUGCGUCUCUCUGGCCUAUCUAUGCGUUCUUCGGCUUCGUAUCCAAAUAUGUGCGUGCAAAGCCGAACUCAUUCUCUGCGCAUCAUUUGGCCUACAUACCCAAGCUUCCUGAUGCCUUCCAAGACUGGUACGAAGAGGUCCACGGGAGUCCUGCCACAGAGAACACCUUGCGAUUCUGUCGGCGAGAAGUCAUGCAUGCCAUCUGGACCCUUCUCAUGGAUCCCGAGUUCAAGAAGGCAUACGAAGAAGGAUUGCUGUGGGAAUGUGGCGACAAGAUUCUCCGACGCCUGUUUCCGAGGUUUUUCACAUACUCUGCGGAUUAUCCGGAAAAAAUACUUCUGGCUUGUACUCGCUAUCUCGCUCAAUGCCCGUGUCCGCGCUGUUACGUCAAGAAAUCCGACUUACGACUGAUGGGAACGAGCAGGGACAUGAAGCAGCGGCGGAACCAUAUCCGCGUCGACACUGAGCCUAUCCAAUAUGACAUCAAUGCAACGCGGAGCUGGAUCUUUGAGGAUGGGUACAGCGCGAGCAGCAAACGCAUAGAUAAGGUGCUUGGACCACGCUCACUCCUCCCAAUCCGAAGCGCAUUCUCAAGGUUCUCAGAGAGUCUGCCGCGGCCACUGCGCUUCAACCAUUACCGACUUCUCGUUCCCGACGUCAUGCACGAGUUUGAGCUUGGAGUAUGGAAGGCUGUUCUCAUCCAUUUACUUCGCAUUCUAUUUCGUAAGAUCCCAACGUAUGGCUGCGAUACAAUCCGGCGCUUCAGCAACAAUGUUUCUGAUCUCAAGCAGAUGGCCGCGCGUAUGUACGAAGACAUCCUGCAGUGCAUCAUGCCUGUCGUUGACGGCAUGCUCCCUCCACCUCACGAUGAUAUCGUGCUCGACCUUCUGUUUGCUCUCGCAGAGUGGCAUGCUUUUGCGAAGCUUCGCCUGCAUACCGAACGGACCCUCAGCCUCUUCGACGAGUCUGUCAAAGCUCUUGGCAAGGCAAUGCGCAGGUUCGAGACGAUCACAUGUCCAGCUUUCGACACAAAAGAGCUUCCUCGCGAAGUCGCCGCUCGAGGUCGUCGGCAGGUUGCUGCAGCUGCUAAGGCUGGAUCGAAAGGCAAACAGAAGGCUGCUGCAGUAUUGGUGCAGUCUCGCAAGGCCGCGGGAGGUGCUCGACGUGCCAUGUUCAGCCUGUGCACCUACAAGUGGCAUGCCAUGGGAGACUACCCUGAUAUGAUCAGGGCAGUCGGGACACCCGACAUAACGUCAACACAGCAUGGCGAGCUUGAACAUCGUCGCAUCAAGAGGUUCUUCCCUCGCACGAACAAGAACAACUAUGCAGCUCAAAUCGGCAAAAGGCAGCGGCGCGAACGUCUUCUGCAUCAGAUCAAGAAGAAGCGCAAUAUAGUUAGGGGGCAGCACUCGCAGUCGUCUGCACCCAAGGCCCGGCGGCCUGCGCAAGAGGAACAGGCAGCAAGGCCAGGUUCGAGGACCCGACUUGAAGUCCCCGACAGGCGCCGCGGCGCAGUGCUCCCGUUCACUGACAGCGAAUUCCUGCCGCCCACGCCGCCUGACAGUCGAUACCAGAUGUCAGACUCGCAGCGUUAUUGGGAGAACAUUCCCAUGUGGCAGGCAAAGAAUCGCGACGAUCCGGCGACCAAGGACUUCAUCCCUCACCUCAAGGAUCACUUACUCGGACGGCUACUGAACCGCGAAUACAAUGGCGACGAGGAUGUCUUUACACCAGCAGAUCGCCGCCGCCUUAGUAUCGAGAAGGAUCGCAUGUACCUUCACAAGGUUCUCCGGGUCAACUACACCACUUACGACAUGCGGCGCGGUCAAGAUUCGAUCAAUCCGAGGACUCACCCGAAUAUCAUGCUACUUGCUCAUGAAGAUGAUGACGACGCAGGCGAGCACCCUUACUGGUAUGCACGAAUCCUUGCCAUGUUCCAUGUCCAUCCAUCUGUGCCUGACAAGUGUCAGAAGAUGGACGUUCUCUGGGUACGCUGGUAUGGGCGAGACCCUACAGCACCUGGGGGAUUCAAGGCUCGUCGCCUACAUCGCUUGGGCUUCGUUCCAGAUGAUGAUCCUUACGCAUUCGGCUUCCUCGAUCCCACGUCAGUCUUGCGGGCAUCACAUAUCAUACCAGCUUAUGCAUACGGACAAGUAAGCGAUUUAUUACCACCGUCGCCAUGCGCUCGGCGUCCCGAGGAGGAAGACAUGGAUUACAUGUACUACUACGUUGGCAUGUUCGUUGACCGGGAUAUGGUCAUGCGUUACUUGCCGGGAGAGGCACCCGGGCACCAGGGGACCGUGUCGCAAAAGUAUAGGGAUGGGCUGUUCAGAUCGGAGGCUGAGCCUGACGAGGUCAUGGCAGAGGAUCAGACUGACACGAUUGCUGAGCAGGAACACGACAAUGUCUCCUUUGCACAGCAUGAGGAAGGACAUGACUCGGAGGACGAUGAUGGGAGUGUGGACGGUGCCGGAGACCAUGACGACCACGAGGAGCAUGAUUAUGGCUACUGCCCGAUGUGGGAAGACGAAGACGAGGACGAGGACGGAGAUCUUGGCCCAGAAGAUGGGGAGGUUGACGAUGAUGAUGAGUAUGCACAUACUGGCUUUGCACAUCUAUGA